AUGAAACACAAAUCUCAUUCUCAAACCACAAAUACGUUAACACUUAUCAACGAAAAAUCAACCAAGUGCAAUUCAAACGAUAAAGCAGACGAUGCUUUAAAAAAUUCCAGUUUGAAUAAAUUUGUCUUGUUACAAACUGCAACAACGAUUGCUCAAAAUGGACAAUCGAAUCAACAAAUCCGGACUCGUAUUAUUUUAGAUAGUGGGAGUCAACGUAGUUUUAUAACAGAAAAAUUAUUCAAGCAGCUCAAACUUCCAAUUAUUCGGAGAGAAACGAUAUAUCUAUUUAAAUUUGGAGCUGCUCAAGCGCAAACUAUUGAAACGCCAAUAGCCAACGUUGAUUUGAAAUUAAUCGAUGGCCAAUUUCAAAGGAUAACGGUCAACGUUGUCCCAACAAUCGUCAAUUCAAUUCACCGAGUUCCUAUUAAUACACAAGAAUUUCAAUAUUUAAUCCAAAGUGUAUCCUUGGCGGAUCCACUUCCAACAAAAGCCGAAAAUUCCAAUGCAGAUAUUCUGUUGGGCAAUGAAUAUUAUGGUCAAUUUACGAUGCCCGAACGUAUCAAAAUCAAUGAGCAAUUGUAUUUGCUCGGACCGAAAUUUGGAUGGAUACUAUCAGGUUGCAUUUCCACAAUCAACAAGUUCAAUAAUCGACCAGUUUCUCUAUUCGUUUCGUCUUUGACAACGGAUUUGGGUCAAUUAUCCAGCGGAUUUCCCAAACAAGAUGACAAUCUAAGUCCACAAGUCGACCUCAAGGAAUGGUGGUCGCUUGACACGAUUGGUAUCAAGGACAAAAUCGAUUGUCCGGAUGAUGAAGUUGCUUUGAAACAAUUCAAUGAAACUAUACAAUUUCAAGGUCAACGUUAUUUCGUUCAAUUACCAUGGCGUAACGAAAAAAUCGAUUUACCUAACAAUAAACAAUUAGCGAUUGGUCGCCUUAAUUCUCUGGUUCGAAGAUUUCAUGACAAACCUGAGCUGCUCAAACAAUACGAUUUGAUUAUCCAAGAUCAAAUUGACAAGGGUAUAAUCGAAGAAGUUCAAGAAUCGCAUGUAGAUGGUCCGAUCGUCCACUACAUACCGCAUCAAGCCGUUAUUACGCCAACCAAAACCACAACCAAAGUUCGCAUUGUUUACGAUGGUUCGGCGAAAACAAAUAAAAACAAUUUAAGUAUCAAUGAUUGUUUGUAUCGAGGAUCAGUCAUGUUAGCCGAUCUGUGUUCGUUGUUAUUGCGAUUUCGAUUGAACAAGGUCGCUAUUGUAGCAGACAUCGAGAAAGCCUUUCUUCAAAUAGGCUUACAAAAACAAUCACGAGAUGCAACAAGGUUUUUUUGGCUAAAAAGUCCUGAUAAACUAACAACAAUAAACAAUUUAGCAACUUUUCGGUUUACGCGGGUUCCUUUUGGCUUAAUUUCGAGUCCUUUUCUUUUGGCGGCAACUCUGGCUUAUCAUUUGCUUCAAAAUGGGUCAGAGACAGUAGGUAACAUUUUCGAUAAUAUUUACGUUGAUAAUAUUAUUUCGGGAGCAGACAAUGUUCAAGCUGCUAUUAAACUUUAUCAAGAAACUAAAAAGAUUUUUGCUGCUGCGUCGAUGAACGUUCGAGAAUGGACAUCCAAUUCAAACGAAUUUUUUAAUCAGUUACAAAUCCACCAAUGCACAAAUAUUUACACAAAUAAUUUUUGGUUCACCUCAAUAGCAUAA